GCUUGAGUGGUUCCAGGACCACAUUGGUCUCAACAAUUUUGAAAUGAAUGACGCUUGACACCAGGUUGGCUGUGAAACCAAAUUGUACAUCUGGGCAGUAAGGAUCUAGGUCAGAGAGUUCGAAGUAGGACGUGCUUACGAACGUACAUAACAACACGUGCAGAAGAGUAAGAUAGCAAAAAUAUCUUGAGAUGGCGAAAAACAAACAGAAAGGUAAAAAACAGAUGAAUGUUUUUCAAGUGGCAAACAAGCAAUCCAAGCCCAAGACCAAAACAAAACCUGUAAAGACUUCUUUAAAGCAUGUAAAUGUAUUGAAGAAUGAGAAGGUGGAGAACCUGAACCAGAUUUUCUCUAAGGUGCAGAGAGAUGUGAAAAGUAUUUCCAAAUCGACAGCCAAAGAACAUAAAGAAAAAACAGUGAUGACAAGGGAAAAACCACAGGAAGCAGUGAAUGUGGAUAGUGCCGCUCAACUUUUCUCUCAACUGUAGUGACUUGAAACUAUUUAAAACAACACUUUCUAAAGGACUUUUGUUUAUUGUGCAAACAGCAAGUGAAUAAUGAGACAAAUAUUUCAUGAGCUUGUAGUUCAGUUGGUGUAUUAGAAAAGAAUCUUAAUAUUGAUUAUGAAUAUUAAAUGUUAUGCAAUUCAUCAUUACAUGGUUGUAUAUUAAGGAACCAUUAACUAAAUGAACACAACUAGCUAUAAAUGGCUGGUUUUAUCUGGUCAUUGUGUUAAGACACUUGAUGUAAAAUCCACCAUUAGGAAAAAAUAUUAUAUUUGUAAAUACAAUCAAAUGGACUAAAACAUGAAAAUGUGUCAGUUUUCAUUUUCAGUAAAUAUUUCUUUCAUGCUGACAAGAACUGGCAGCAAGACAGAUGCUUAGUGAGUGCAGAAAUUAGUAUGUUUGUGGUUUGAACUAGAGAAACAUUUUUCAUUGAUGGAAUGGUUUGCAUUCCUGAGGGCACAUAAAUCGAGAACUUGUAGAUUGCAAUGUAAAUAAAGUACAUUAAUCACA